AUGAACUUGUUCCAAAGUUUAAUUUUUCUUGUUUUUCUCUUUGCGGUUCAUGGCGAAAUCCAUAAUAAUGCAAAGAAGAAUGAAGACAAUGGAAUAAGCAGUCAUCACAUAUUAGAAAAUGGUCGUAUUAUCUUGAAACCUGUGCCAAGUGCAACGCCGGCUGAUCAAGCAAAAGAAUCCGAAUUACAAGAAGACGAUGCUAUUAAAAAAGAUCUACCGUAUGUUCAGUACGGCGAUAUUCUUGUUCCAAAAGACGAAAUUGAACCUUCGAGUUCUAAACGAGUUAAACGGAAAGUUAUUGCCGAAACUAACCGUUUUGGUUACAGCAAUCGAUGGCCACGUGGCGUUGUGCCCUAUACGUUUCUUUCCAACAUUGAUUAUCGAGUGCAACAGAAUGUUCUCAGAGCUAUUCAGCAUUGGCAUCAACGGACAUGUAUUCGUUUUGAACCAUAUGAUUCCCAACGUCAUUGGGAUAUCAGUGCGCAAAUCACUUUUGACGAUCGCGGAUCCGGUUGUGCAACUUAUGUUGGUUAUCGAGCAACAACAUCAAAUACACCGACAUCAUAUGCCGUUUAUUUACCAUUGAAUUGCCCACUUGGUUCUGCUAUUCACGAGUUAGGACAUGUGAUUGGUUUCUAUCAUGAAAUGGCCCGAACAGAUCGUGAUCAAGCAAUUGUAUUGGAUUUCAAUCAAAUGUCAACGACAGACGCUAUCCAAUAUAAUAUUAUGCCUAAUCCAAUGCCGGGCUAUUACGGUCAACCGUACGAUCUCGGUUCGAUAAUGCAUUACUCGCCAACAGAUGUGAUGUAUGCUCGAGACAGUCGACGAACGUUUCUGAUGGGUCAACGUGUUUCGCUCUCAUUUUUGGAUAUAAAACUGGCUAAUUUAGCUUACCAUUGCAGUGAUAGUUGUAAUUCGCCACCUGUGUGCUAUAACGAAGGUUAUGUAGAUAAUUCUUGUCAAUGUGUAUGCCCUGAUGGAAUUUUUGGUCAACAAUGUGACCGACUCACGGGAUAUUCGUCAGACAGAUCUCUUCCUCCACCGGAUGUUGAAACUUCCACUGCAACAGUAGUGGAAAAAACUGAAUCCACUUCAUCUUCGACAUCAACAACGACGAAAGCACCAAAAAUUAUCGGUCUUCAUUGGCUCGCUUGGAGCGAAUGGUCGAACUGCAGUCAAUCAUGUGGCAGUGGUGUUCGUGUUCGAACUCGUCUAUGCUCAAAUACAACAAUUCAUGGCAGUACCAAUCCAUGUAUAUCAUUAGGCGGCGAUUCAUUUCAAAUUGAAUCGUGUCAAAAUGCCGACUGUCAUCAAGCCGAUGUUCUUCUCAGUUGUACUUUUGACUUGAAAGAUGAAAAAUGUUCAGCGAAACUUGCAGAUUCUGGUCAAAUUCAAAAAGGUAAACUAGCCGAUCAAACUCGACCUAUCAACGAUCAUACUCGUGGAGAUGGAAAAUAUUUUCUUUUAAUCACUAAUACAAAUCAAUCCAAAUCCGGCCAACCGCUCGAACUGGGUCCGUUCUCUCGCUCUGACAAGAAUAACUGUUUGCAAUUUUGGUAUUCCAUCUACGGACCAGUCGUUGGUAAAUUGAUCAUCGUCAAAAAUAAUACACGAAACGUUACCGUAACAUUCGAUGGAAAAGAUCACAAUAAAAACUGGGUAUCAAUCGAACAAACGAUUUCAACUGAUGAAGAUUAUAAACUCGUAUUUGAAUACGAAUCAUAUUCAUCAGAAUCGAGCCAUAUCGCAAUUGAUGAUAUCAGCAUCAUUGAAGGAGUUUGUCCUUCCAAUCAGACCAGCAAUUCACAACGUCGAAAACGUCGACAAUCGAAUGCAAGAUCAGGUUGUAGUCGUGUAAUCAAUCUAAAUGAUCAAAAUAGCGAAAUCUCUUUAACAUCUCCCAAUUAUCCGAAUCUAUAUCCACCAAAUUCGAAGUGUUAUUAUUACAUUGUCGCUCCAUCAUCCAAACACGUAACACUUCAAUUGACGGAUUUCAAUCUGCCUACACAGAGUUACAACGACUGUGAUGAUUCAAUCGAAGUUCGUUAUUAUCAUCUCGGUCAACCAGGUCCCGUUUACUGUGGAACAGGUGCUAACACGAACAAUCUUCGUUUUGUGAGCGAAAAUAACUAUAUAAUGCUCGUUUUUCAAUCUGAUGGUUAUUAUGGUGGACGAGGCUUCCGUGCACAAGCAACACUUUCCAAAAAGUAUUCUGGUUUCUUUCUCCAAGAAGAUCAUAAAUCUCAAAAGAAAAUAACCCUAUCAACAAUUCAAGUGUCAUUGAUCGAUCAAAUUCAUCCAGCCGAAGACUUUUCAACGACAAACAACAACAUCCUCGGUCAAAUAUUGAACAAGACUAAAAUAUCUCCUUGUUGUUCUUUAAUUUUAACUCAAAAACACACCGGGUACAUCAGAGCAAUAAAUUUAGACAGUCGAACUUCGAUCUGCAACGACGGCAUCACUACUAGCUCAACAAUGACAUUAAAAUAA